AUGGCUGGAGACCUAGACACGCUCAUCGACAUGGGCUUCCCAGGCGAUCGCGCCGAGCUUGCCGUAAAAGCCACCGGCGGACUUCAAGGCGCAAUCGACUGGCUCGAGAAGAACCAAGACAAAUCCAUCGACGAGAUCAAGCAACAUCAGGCCGGCGCCUCCACCACCGCGACCGACGAGCCUCCAGCCCUGCAGCCCGGCGAAGAAGCAAAGUCUCUCGUCUGCGAUGAAUGCGGCAGAAAGUUCCGCUCAGUUAACCAAGCCCAGUUCCACGGCGAGAAGACUGGCCACGAACAGUUCAGCGAGUCGACGGAGGAGAUUGCGCCGCUGACGGAGGAAGAGAAGAAACAGCGGCUAGAGGAACUGAGACAGAAGUUGGCAUCAAAGAGGGCAGUGCAGUCAGAACAAGACAAGGAGGACCGGAAGAAGAACGAGCAGAUCCGAAUGAAAGCUACGAAAGAGAGCCAGGAUAUCAAGGAGGAGCUGGAGAAGAAGGAGCGCCUAAAAGAAGCUCAAGCCAAACGCGCAGAGAAGAAGGCCGACGAAGACGCGAGGAAGCGUGUGCUGGCAAAGCUAGAGGCAGACAAACAAGAGCGUAAGAGGAAGGCCGAAGUAGAGAAGGCGAAACGGGCGGGUCUAGCUCCUCCUCCAGCUCCAGCGCAAGCUCCCUUAGCCACGUCUUCUGGCCCUACCACGAGCAAGCCCGCGAGUGCGUAUACCGAGGCGAGGUUGGCGCUGCAGACGCCAGGUGGCAGGGUUAUGAAGACCUUCCCGGUCGAGACGACGCUCUUCGAGUUGGCACAUGCGCUGGAGCAAGACGGUCUAACGGUCAACUCGUUCACGACCAACUUUCCCAAAAAGACAUAUGAUAAGACGGACUUUGGUAUGACACUCAAGGAAGCUGGCAUGGUACCUAGCGCUGCCUUGAUCAUUGGAUGA